AUGUUGCUAGAGAAAGUUCAGUUCAGUGUACCAAAGCAUCCUGCCCAAAUGCACAACAAAAUGACCCUGGAGGACCCAAUGUCCAAAGUGACCCUGCAUCCAUUCCAACUCUCAGACAUUGAUGAUUUCAUGGUUUGGGCCACAGAUGAUAGAGUGAGGUUCUUUUUAGAGGUGAGGUUGGCUACGUAUUGGCCUCACAAUAUCACUAGUGUGUUUAGUGCUAUCCCUGAGCUAGAGAGGGUUGAGGCCUUGGUUGAUGUUGAGUCUCAAAGGGUCUUGGAGAAGGUUGGGUUUGAUAGAUAUGGGGUCUUGAGGAAAUACUUGAUUCUAAAAGGGAAGACCAGGGAUAUGUUCAUUUAUAAGGGUGCUCAGUAG